CCCUUUCCUUUGGUUUUACUUUACCUUUCUUCCAGGAAAGUGAUGAGAAUAUAUACCUUUUUUUGCGUUUUAUAAUUUUCUUUUCCUUUGUUCUCCUUUUUUUCUCCUCUUCUGCCCUCCACACAACUUCUCUCUCCUCUCUCUCUCUCUACAAAUCCUUCUUUCUUCUCUUCGCUGCUCACUGUAGCGUAGCCAUGGCUUUCAGAGUUGGAGGAGCGGGAGGAGGAAAUGCCUCUUCUGGCAUGGGUGUUGCUGAGCAUAGCGUAAGCACGUUCCUGGAAUUGCAGAGGAAGAAAGUUCAUCGCUAUGUGAUUUUUAAAAUUGACGAGAAAAAGAAAGAGGUUGUUGUUGAAAAAACUGGAGGCCCUGCUGAGAGCUAUGAUGAUUUCACUGCAUCCUUGCCUGAAAAUGAUUGCCGAUAUGCUAUCUUUGACUUUGAUUUUGUGACAUCUGAGAACUGCCAAAAGAGCAAAAUCUUUUUUAUUGCAUGGUCUCCUUCGGUAGCCCGCAUUCGCCCUAAGAUGCUAUAUGCAACAUCCAAGGACAGGUUCAGAAGGGAGCUGCAGGGCAUCCAUUAUGAGAUUCAGGCAACAGACCCAACCGAGAUGGAUCUUGAAGUCCUCAGAGAGCGUGCAAACUGAGCACCUACACAAGAGGGUUGUGUCUAGGUGAUGUAGUUAAGAUAUCUGAGGCCUCAGGGAAUGAUGUUGACUGAUACCCUUUAGUUGUUCUACUAUGAUCUCUGUCUGUUUCGCGACAUAUUUCUCAUAAAUAGCUGACUUAUCAUUUUAUCAAGUAAAUAACCUGCACCUGUGAAGGCUGAUUAGGGGUUCCUGCCUAAGAAACCCCACUGCAGGGGAAUUUAUGCUUUUCCUUAUUGCCAUGAUGGUUCUCGGGUGCAGAUUUAUAUAGUAAUGGCUAUUGGAAAUUCGACUUAUAUUCUAUGAAUUUCAAAUGGACGCAGCUGGUGAGUCUGCUUUGUUACAUGCCAAUCCAGUAUAGGUUUGUUUUUGUAGCGAAUUCCAGCAUUGGAAUAUUUGCUUUCUGAACCAAGGUAUGGGAACUAAUGUACACAAGGCAUUGUGUUAAGCUUA